AGUCAUCUCACUAUUUGCAGAGAUGCCUUUGUUGCUGGUGACAGGGUAUCCAGCAUGCGGGAAAUCAACAAUUGUCAAACGAAUACAUGAUUACUUCAAUGGUCAGAAAAAGGAGGUGAUCAUUGUAUGCGAUGAUGAUUACCCUAGCCUAGAUAGAAACGACUACAACAAUGCCACAAAAGAAAAAGAAAUGCGUUCCUUCGUACGAUCUUCACUCCAGAAAUCUUUAAGUCAGAACACAAUCGUUAUAUGUGACGCUUUGAACUAUAUAAAAGGAUAUCGCUACGAAUUAUUUCUCAUAGCAAAGCUCUGCAAAACCACUUAUGCGGUACUUUAUUGUCAUGCCGCCGAAGAUACUUGUAAAUGGCUAAAUAGCGAGAAAGAAGAACAUUUGAGGUACAAGGAUGUGGUUAUCAGCGAACUAAUAGCACGAUAUGAGAAGCCUGAUCCGAGAAAUCGCUGGGAUUCUCCCCUAUUUGAGGUGAAAGUUGGGAAAAGCGAGAAGAACCACUGUGAGGUAGCCUCAGAAGAUAUGCAUCUAGAUUUGGAAUAUUCAUCUCCCAAAUUUGUUGAUCUACCUCUCGAAGAUAUCUACAAGUGGUUGUGCGAGGGCACGGCGCUGGUUGAGAAUAAAAGCACCCAAGUAGUACCAUUAGCACCAAUCAACUUUCUACAAGAGCUUGACAAGGUUACUCAAGAAGUUGUUUCUGCAAUUAUGGAAGGGCAACGAAAUACACCUAUUGGACAUUACAUUGUCGUGACAUGCCAUCAACCUAGCGAAAAUAAGGUGAUGGUUAAAAAACAACGCACAUUAGCGGAAUUGACAAGGAUAAGACGACAAUUUAUUAACAUGUCUAAAGCAAACCCUAUCGAUAGUAAGUCAAAGAUUGCUUCGCUGUUCAUAAACUACCUCAACAGCAAUACGUAA